UCAAACACAUUCCUCCUAAAAGAUCUCCCGCCUUCUUCGCUCUCCUUCAACUCCAAGGCGGUGGGCAGUAAUCAGAUGCGGUGGAGCUGCAGGAAGAAGAAUAUACACCCGGAGUUCUACGAAGACGCGAAGGUGUACUGCAACGGCGAGCUGGUGAUGACAACCGGCGGAACGAAAAAGGAAUACAUCGUCGACGUGUGGUCCGGCAACCAUCCGUUUUACCUCGGCAGCCGUGGUGAGAAUCUCGUAGAUGCCGAUCAAGUCGCCAAAUUCCGCAAAAAAUACAGCGGUCUGUCGGAAAUCAUGGAAAUACCUGUCCUCACCGGAGAGAUCGUCAUUCCUCCCCGGAGAAAGUCCGCCGCCACCAAACCUAAAAAGAAGUAGUCUCGAGAUCCUACAUUUUCCCGCCUUUUUUUUUCGGUAGUGAGUGUUUCGAAUACUUAAUUUAUGAUGUUUGUUCAAGACGUAAACGGCUUAGAAGACUGUCGGUUAAUAUUUUCACUAUCUUUCGUCGUAACUCGAUGGUAUAACUGACAGCAGGAUGGAACUUUGCUAGUUUGUUUCGAUUUCGGUUUCAUCUAUCUCAUUAUAAGGGUUUUGGUCGUGACUCGUGAAUUCGAUACCACAAGACAGCGGUUUUUGUGUGUA